GGAAACGGUCACGUUAAACCUAACAUUACAAGGAACUAUAAAAGAAAUAUACAUCAUGAAUCAGCAUCUUAUAUGAAAUAUAUAUUUAUUUGAAAUGGAUUCCUGCUGGAUAUAUCUUUACCAUUCUCUACACACAUUUUGAUAUUCACUUGUUUUCAACAGAAGAAUCCGAGACGUAUGAUAAUGUCCAUCAACCUAGCGAUCACAUUGAUCUCAACAUGGCUGCAUGUUGCCUCAACACUACCCGUCCUUUAUAAUGAAAAUGUCACCACUCCCGUUGUCACUGUCACUACAGUUCAGCAGGAAUGGACGGCUAGGGAUUUUCCUGAUCCACAGAAAGACCUCGAAAGAUGUGGAAGACGCGGAAAGAGAAGUUGGGUCUGUGAUCCAAACGGAGUAAUCUCUUAUGAAGAAGCUGAUAAAUUAGAUUCCAUCAUCAACGACGUCCGGUCUAAAGCAAAGUGCGCCUGUGGAUCGUGCCCGUCAGAUGGCAGAGGGCGCUACGCCAUUGCUGUUGCUUUUGUCAACAAGCUGAACCUUGAAGGAGCUGAACCAACGGAUAAUAACAAGCAGAGGGCUAUCGAAAACUUUGCAUUGUUCUUGAGAACUCUGUAUUGGAAUUAUGGGUACUGUCAGGAUGGAGUGGUCAUUGUUGUUUCACGAGAAGACAGAAAGGUAUGGACGUCCACAGGUGUAACACCAAGAAAACGGCUUGUAAACGGUUGCGUGGACCUUGUCUACAACAAAGUGAAGGGGAAGUUUACAGAUGGUCGGUUCUAUGACGGAGCCAAAGAAAUGCUGGAAUAUUACGCGAACGUAUUACUGGGUGGAAGUUGUGGCACAAAAAGUGGACUAUCCAUUGGAGCAAUAAUUGGCAUCGUGAUCGGGGCAAUCUCCGGGGUCCUAUUUAUUAUUAGUCUCAUUUUGAUAUGUGUGGGUAUGAAGUUCAACUGGGAGUGUGUCACGGGCACCUGUUUAGGGAUCUGCAUGGGUUGUAUCCUGGGCGCCAUCCAGUCCUGUAUCAACGCCAUAAUUGUGUCAGUUUUCCAGGCAAUAUGCGAAGCACUGGGAUGCGAUGAGUGCUGUGAACCAAUAGAGUGUGACUGUCUCGGAGAUGAGGGGUAUACCAGUAAUGACGGUGGGGGUGGUGGAGGAGGAGGAUUCUAGCAACGUUUUUAAAAUAAAAUUGGUCGCCCGUGAUAUUAUACAAUAUAAAUAAUAUUUGUCUUUCCUAGUGGUCUUGAAUUAAGUUUCUUUCUACACAAAUCAACAUACCCGAGAUAAUGUCAU